AUGCAACGGUCCUAUAUAACCCACGUAACACUCAGCAGAGCACGCGUGGGUGCGAAACAGGAUUCCUCCACACAGCGGGAAACGCCGCUGAGGAACAGCCCCAGCCCUCCCAACAGCACUGGCGGCACGAUUGACAGCGAUAGCUGGGAUCCCCGGUUCAAUGACAUCCCCUCUUCCGUUUCCCUGCCCGCCAAGAACAGAAAGAACUUCAGUCAGCUUAAGCGAGCGAAACCGUACGGUUCCCUGUUCCAGCGGGCAAAACCCGGCAACUUCCUGCCGGAGCGAAAGCAAAUCGAUAAGAUCAGGAAGAAGAAAAAGCUGAAGAGGAGGGAAACGGAGGUGUCUGCAGAGGAGGACUACGAGGAGAAGCUGCUGGAGCUGGAGGCGGAGGACUCGUACGUAGAGACGCCGAUGAGCCCCUCGUCUGAGGGCGACCCUCAGUCUGCGACCGAGCACUGCUCGGUGUGGGACUCUGACACGCCUUCCAGCGUCUCCUACCCUGCCGUGACGGCCGAGCAGACAGUGGAGAUCCAGAGCGUGGGCAAACGAACGGUCAUUCGGCAGGGCAAGCAGGUGGUCUUUCGGGAUGAGGACGGCACCGGCGACGACGAAGACAUCAUGGUGGAUUCGGAUGACGAUUCGUGGGACCUAGUCACUUGCUUCUGCAUGAAGCCUUUCGCUGGGCGGCCGAUGAUUGAGUGUAACGAGUGCCACACCUGGAUCCACCUCUCCUGCGCUAAAAUCCGCAAGUCGAACGUCCCAGAGGUCUACAUAUGCCAGAAGUGCCGGGACUCCAAGUUUGACAUUCGCCGUUCAAACCGCUCCCGGACGGGCUCGCGCAGGCGCUUUCUGGACUAGGGGAGGGAGGCGCGUGCUGGUGCGCUGCUUGGGCGGGCGGGUGAGCGAGCCGCGGAUGCCGGCCAGGAGGCCGGGGAGAGCUCCCCCGAACUGCUGCUGCUCAGGCUGAAGGGCUGCCCGGCUGGCCUGCGCUAACAGGGACGAGGAAUCGCCAAGUCGUGGGCAGCUGGGGCUGGAAGAGGCUGACUGGACAAAACCGCUGCUAGAUACCGAUUAGCUCAAGGGACAGACUAAGCUCUCUGGGUUCGGUGGGGUUUUGUCCGGUUACAACUAUGAAUUGGGUGAUGUCUGGGGAAUGUAUAAUACCUUUGCCACGUAUGUUUUCUCAUCCCAUCAGGAAACUGCAAACCUUCUCUGUGCUAGGAAACUCCUCCUCCUCCAAAGGAGGAGGAGGAAAUCUGUGUGAAAAGUCUGAAAAGUAAAUGGCCAUGUGUUUUAAUUUUAAUGUAAUAUUAUACCUGCCCAUUUGUCCGUAUAUAUCAAUCUUAGAUAUUCUAAGGCUCCAUAGGAGUGAGCAUCAAUGCGUACUGACCUCUGCGCGAUCUGCCUCCUCUUCAGCUGGCCCAGGCAGUAGGGGAGUUCUGUGAUUUGGCAUCGUUCAAGUGAAAAUGGGACUUCUUCCUGCGCCGAGGCACCGGCGCAUUUAAAGGAAGAGAGCAGCCCUUUUUCUGGACAGGCAGCGCUGGGGAUUAGCGACAUCGGAUUUCUUCCUAGAAGGUCUCUUACGGUGAUUUUUUGUGACUUUGUUUUGCAUGAUCGGCUCAAAUGUGUGUAUGGGGGGAUACCGUUUGCUCUGUUUCCCGGCCCUUCGUUAAACUCUAAGGUGCUGUUUUAAGAAGACAAUGACUCGCCCUUUUCUCAGCCCAGAAUUCAAACGUGGACUGUAAAAAGGGCUGUAGUAAACUUAGAACCUGGCAGGUCUGGUUUGGGAUAUGAUCAUUUCCAUCCGAGUACUACAGCUGAGUUGACUUGUUUUCGCUGUUUGUUUUUUGAGACUGGAUUUGUAAUCAAAAAACCAGAAUCUUUAACCUAUUGGUUGCAAAUUAUACAGAUAAAAGCAAAUGCAGGCUAUGCAGCUAGCAAGAUGAAGUGCAAUGAAGAUCCAUCUGGUGCAGGGGAGGACAGGAGAGUGCCGAGGCCGACGCUGCAGUCCUUUGAUGGGACUUCUGGGGCCUCAGCCCGAGGGAAGCCUGUUCAGAAACACGACAAGGAGUUGAGGCUCAUACGCCAGGCCACCGAGAAGGCGGCGUUGUUCCUCAAUGACCAAACAGAGCGGGCCAUAUGUAUCGCACAAAUUCUGUUUACGUUUCAAGGUGUUUCUCUGAAGUUAUGCCUGAUGAACAAUGUGUGCUCUGUCUGGUG